AUGGAUUCCAUAGACCAUUUUGAAGAGCUUUCUAAGGCCAUUGCGAAAACAAUCGAAGAGCAUAUUGCAAGAUCAAAGAACAGUGCCGGAUGGCCCCAAGAGCUCAAACAUCCUGUCUUGCGAGUGGACGCUUUCUUGGAGGACCAAGGCCCGGACCAUGACCAGGACACCACUCCUUCCAGACCGUUACAAGUGGCCUCGAGCACGAUAGAUUUAGCCCCCAUCUUCAGGGCUAGAUCCACACAACGCGCUACAGAUCAAGAACCACGCGGGGAGACAUCUGCAAGGAGCAGUGGAGAUGAAUCCGAACCAGGCAGUCCUCGCCGUAGAGGAGUUGGGAAACUGCGUGUCGCAAACACGCAGUCGUUCGAAGAGGAUGUUACUGAGCACCAGCGACAGAUAGCCACUGAUACACGUAACUUUCCGAAGCGGCGAAAGAUAGCAUCUGACAAGUUCGUAUUCCGGCCUUCAACACUCGAUAAGCUCAUCAUCGGCAUCUGGGAGCAGUUACAUGGCACACUAGACCUGAAUCCGCAAAUCAUCUCUGAGCAAUACAACAUGACUCUACCUGUCAGCUCGAGCACACCUGUAAUAAACGAAGAUACAGCGGUUGAGAUACGUGGCGCAGGACCAGCAUUGCAAACAGACGCAUUCCACAGAAUGAACACCCUGUGCCGAAAAGUCACCCAAGCAAGCCGAGUAUGCCGCUCGAUCGAGAUCGUCGUACAGGCCAAAUGGAUUGAGCUCUUCGAGGACAAAGUUCAAACGUCAAUAGCCGCUGCGCCUCAUAUUUCGAAGACGAAACAUCACAAACAAGCCUUCGUUGAAGCAUGUCAGGACUUUGGCUGGUCCGAAAAAGAGUUGCGCAACAAGAUAGCGAUCUGGCGUGGAUACAGAGAAGUCAAAGAUGCAGCAGGCUGGGUGGCCUUGGUCUUCGCCGGCAUGGGCAUCUAUCGCUUCUGCAAAUAUCGCGUCGAGUUCACCAAGGAAGCGAUGAAGCGUCUGCAAAAUUUGCGGACACGGUUUGAAGUCGCUGCAGAUACAUUACAGCCACAUUGGCGGCAAUUGCUGUCUAUCAUCGGGGAGUCUUCCAGAUUACAGUACGCCGGCCAUCCCCACGACUGGGUGGUAUCAGAAGACGGUGCCCAACCGGUACUUUUGCGCUCCACCUACUUGGAACGAGAACCCUUCUUCGAGUUCGAACAGCUUGAGGAGUCGAUCAUCGACGAACGCGAAUGGCGAGGCGAGGAUCCCCGCUGGGUUCCGCAGUCCAGUGCAGUCGUCCGAGCGAACGGCAACAGCACAUACGUCUGCGCCGUAUGCGACCAAACCCAAUCAGACGAGCCAGCUUUGAAUUCUUGCUAUUGCUUCCCGAACCUAUUCGGCUGCGUCAAGCGAAGACCUCCACCCGUGCAGAUAUACCGUACCAACAAGGGCCAGAACAACGGCUUGCUUGCCCUCGCUCCCUUCGAGCGCGGCGCCGGAAUAGGAGAGUUUGUUGGAUUGAUUACCAAGGGCGUGCGCCAUGUCGAUGUGAUGGACAGCGCAACGGCGACGACCAAUUAUCAAAUAUGGCAAGGGAGACAGGGUAACUUCACUCGGUUCAUCAACCACAGCUGCAAAGCCAACGCCCAGUUCUCACAGUUCACCUGGUUAGAUACCCAGCAUGUGGUCUUGGUGAGCAAGGGAAUUGAAGCAGGUGUCGAGAUAUCUGUCGAUUAUGGCGACCGUUACUGGGCAGGCUUGGAUAAGUCAUGCCUCUGUGGCGAGUCUUGCUGCAGAUAUAGACGAGCUCAUAGAUAA